AUGGGGAAGGGGAACCAUAUAUUUGCAAGCAGAUGGUUUAUCUUGCAAAAGAUUACUAGCACUUGCAAAAGGAGAUUUCAUGAAAGUUUGUCCUGUACUACUCUUCCCACAUUUGAUGCAAAAAUCUUAGCAAGAGGUUUCCAUGAAGUUUGUGGUGGCGGAACAUCAUUGACAGAAGAGCUGGAGGACAUUCUUGAUCCUGAAGAUCAAGGGUGGGAGACUAGUACCAACUCUAUGACCUGCAUUUACAGGGUUCCUAGCACCAUGCGUCAGGUGAACAGGAAGGCGUUUGAUCCAAGCAUUGUGUCGAUUGGUCCGUACAAUUACGGCGUUGAAAGCCUGCAAGAAAUGGAGAAGCUAAAGCACACAUACUUUCGGCGCCUCUUUCAACCAAACUACCACGAUCAGUUGGAUGAUGAAGUAGCAGUCUUGCAGAAGAAAAAGGCGGUAAAUGAUGCGAAGAAGGCAAUGGAGGAAUUGGAGGUGGUGGAUAGGAGCUGCUACUCGGAACAAUCCAAGCUUAAUAGCAAGGAGUUUGUAAAGAUGAUGUUGAUUGAUGGUUGCUUCAUCAUAGGCACCACUUGUCAUGAGAAACCAAUUACAGGUUGGGAAUUAGAAGCACUAGCCCUUCGCUUCUUUAAGCCGCUGCUUCGAGGAUAUGAUGAUGUUCUGACCAUAUCACCGCACCAUUAUGCACCAAAACAUUGUCAAAGUAGCAGCAUCAAGCACUUUCUUGAUCUUUUCCACUAUAGAAUCAGUCCGGACUGCUCCACCCGUUCAGUAGUACAAGUGCCGCGGAGAGGGAAGCGUACCAAGCAGAUUCUAUCAAUACAAGAGCUCAAGGAGGCAGGAGUCAAGCUAAAGUUCACAACAAACCGCACUUGCAAGGCACUAGACAUCACUUUCGGCCGCGGCUCUUGGGGUUGGGGGAAGGUGCUCAUAAUCCCUCGUAUACACAUUGCUGAUCACAGAGGCACAUUGUUCCGGAACAUGUUUGCAUUCGAAAAAUGUGACCCCAACUGCCACCAAGAUGUCACAUCCUAUUUGUUUUUCCUCGACAGCCUCAUCAACUCGGCUGAGGAUGUAGGGAUUCUGCACUACUAUGGAGUCCUGCACCACUCUCUAGGCAGCAACAGAGAGGUGGCGAAACUCGUCAACAACCUUUGCAAAGAGGUUAGUCCGGAUGUUUCCAAGUCCUACUUGUACAAGGUGGUUAGAGAUGUCAAUGAGUACUAUGGAUCCAAGUACGGAAAAAUAAGAGGCUUCUUGGUACACCACCAUUUUAGUAGCUGGUUGGUGGGCAUCUCAACUCUUGCAGCAUGCUUAGCUCUUUACCUAGCACUCGUUCAGACCGGUUCCUCUGUCGCCAGUGCCAGAGAAAGGUUGCAUGAACACACCACAUUUAAAGACUUCCUGAAAGAGGCUUUGCUUUAUGGUCAUAUAUCCAAGUGGGGAUUGGGAAAUGCUCGGAACCUCCAACAGAAGGCCGUGGUCAGUGGCAGUACUGAGAACAUGAAUCUUCCUCGUAUUGACAUGCAGUACUGUAUAUACUACUUGAUUUAG